CCCAGUUCAUUCGAGAAAUGACGUGCCUCACGCGGGGCGCGCAUGACCUCUUGGACUGAAAUAUGUAACACAGGAUUUAGCGGAACAAAUAUCGCCUACCGAAAAGGAAAGUAAUUUUCUUCUUUCCUUUAUAGCUGUUCACACGACUGUAUUUCAAACUGGGAGCAACUUGGAAGACGUUUACGGAAAACGUUCAAACUUCAUCCACGGAGAAUACCGUGCCCUGUUUCUACAGUCCAGACAAGAUCAACACUUCUUGAACCCCUCUCCUAGUGAGAGGAACAGACCUAGUGAUGUCCCAACCUGACAAGAAUAUCUAUUCUUCAUUGGAGGGGGGCAUCCAGCCCCCAAAUGUAGGCUUUGGGCAGCCAAGCCCACCAGGAUAUGGGAUGACCUUACCCAACACGCAGGGAAUGCCGAACCCAUUUGGGGGGCCAGGGCCUGCUCCAGGGGGGAUGCCCUUCCCCACGCCUGGUGCAUUUGGUCAGCCCAUGUACUCCCAGGGUCAGGGGAACCCAGGAUAUGGGAUGACCUUACCCAACACGCAGGGAAUGCCGAACCCAUUUGAGGGGCCAGGGCCUGCUCCAGGGGGGAUGCCCUUCCCCACGCCUGGGGCAUUUGGUCAGCCCAUGUACUCCCAGGGUCAGGGGAACCCAGGAUAUGGCACUGCACCUUACGCUCCCAUGCCUGGGGCCUACGGUCAGGGCUUUGACAACCCAAAUCAUGACCCAAACACUGGUUACCACAGCGAUGAUCAACCCCCAGCCUUUAGUGACAAUAUUUCCUUCUCUCUUGGCACUGGACUGGACGACAAGACCAUAAGACGAGCCUUCAUCCGGAAAGUCUUCAUGGUGUUGACCGUCCAGCUGAUGGUAACAUUCUCCUUUGUGGCUCUCUUCACCUUUGUGGAGGACAUCAAAGUGUUCGUCAGGGCCAACACAUGGACAUACUGGGUGUCCUAUGGCGUCUUCUUCGUCUCUCUCAUCACCAUCAGCUGCUGUGGAGAGUUUCGCCGCAAACAUCCAUGGAACCUGAUUGCACUAUCCAUCCUGACCCUGGCUAUGUCCUACAUGGUGGGGAUGAUCGCUAGUUUCUACGACACUGACUCAGUCAUCAUGGCCGUGGGCAUCACUGCUGUUGUCUGCUUCACCGUGGUUAUCUUCUCUCUCCAGACCAAGUAUGACUUCACUUCCUGUCACGGUGUGCUGUUGGUCUGUCUGAUUGUCCUGUUCCUCUUCGGCUUCCUCUGCAUCUUCAUCCGCAAUAAGAUCCUGGAACUGGUCUACGCCUCGCUGGGCGCUCUACUCUUCACAUGCUUCUUGGCUGUGGACACUCAGCUGCUGCUUGGCAACAAGGAGAAGGCCCUGAGUCCAGAGGACUAUGUUUUUGCUGCUCUCUCCCUGUACACUGACAUCAUCAACAUCUUCCUCUACAUCCUGUCUAUCGUUGGAAGAGCACGGAACUGAGAGCUUCCUCUAAAGGAACCAUUGAAGGAUGAAGGAGUCUUUUUACAGGAGUUACUAAUUUGUUCCCAUAUCUAGUACAACACCUGCUACUCGUUGUUUUAUGUGCCUAUGUCUCAGGUGAACACUGCUGUCGCCUGUCGUUCUAAAUGUGGUUCCCUAUGCGCUUUUAGAGCAGUGGUUCCCAAACUGUGGGGCGCGCCCCCCCUAGCGAACUCAGUCCGGCUUUGAACUUACUCUUGAAAGUUGUAAUAGUAGAAUGCACAAGGUGACAUUUCUAAAUAGGGUGGUGCAUCAUCAGUUCCUCUUGUCAGUCAUUGCAGAGCGUGUUUGGGAAACCCUGAUUUAGCAGAUGUUCUUAUCCAGAGCCAUGUAUUUUUCUAUUGCGUUACUAUUUUUCUUUGCUAAUUUUCGUACUUUUUAACUCUGCAUUGUUGGGAAAGACUCGUAAAUAAGCAUUUCACAGUGAAGUCUAUACCUGUUGUAUUCGGCGCAUGUUACAAAACAUUUGAUUUAACUUAGUCAGUUCCUUCAUCUUGGGUAACUAAACAACCACAUAUCACAGUCAUAGCAAGUAACUCUGCUUGAUGGUACUCCCUCAUGUUUAUUAUGCUCAGUUUUACCACAGUCCAUACUGGUUUAAAUAGUGUAGUGUGAAUAAUUUAAUAAUAUUUGAAUUCAAUUUGUUUUGUGAUAUUUCUGAUGUUUGUGAGUCUUUGCAGCUGAAUUUGUUGAUAGUUAUUCAAUUAAAACUGAAUUGUGAUCUC